AACGCGGAAGUGGGGCGGGACUUUAUAACGAGGUGCACUUGAAUGCAUCACAAGGGAGGAGUUAGCAAACAGUGAAGUUUAGCCUAGCAGGAAACACCGAGGCUACCACCGCAGCGGUGGAAAAAGAAAGCAGCGGUCCCAGUUUUAGUUUUUCACCCGGGGCUCAGUCGUGAUAUUUCCUCGGCAAAUACUGUCGCUUGGAUCCUGGGAGUACUCGCAAACGGUCUGGACACAUUUUCCCCGACUUUAUAUGAGGAUAGCGCUCGUAGCCAACUAAAUCAGCAGACACUGGCCGGAGGAGGAAUCUUAUCCAGCGGCUGUAAACGGUGUACGUCGGCUGAGCAACGGCUGUUUUGAAUCAGCGUGUGUCAGUGGGCCCGCAGGCUCCACGCCAGUGCUGAGACAGUAUGAAGAGGUUCAGGAGACACGGCCAUGAGUCCCAGAGAGACCGACUCAAACAGGAACUCUUCCAGUUCAACAAGACUGUGGAGCAUGGAUUCCCCCACCAGCCCAGUGCUCUGGGCUACAGUCCCUCUCUGCAGCUGCUGGCCAUCGGCACCCGCUCCGGGGCCAUCAAACUGUAUGGAGCUCCAGGUGUGGAGUUCAUGGGUCUCCAUGAUGAGAAUGCUGCCGUCACACAGGUGCACUUCCUCCCCCACCAGGUUGAGCUGGUGACUCUGCUGGAUGACAACAGUCUGCACAUGUGGACUUUAAGAGCUCACAAGGGACUUUCUGAACUGCUGGAGAUAGGACGCUUCACACUCACUGGACCGCCUGGAGCACCUCCAAGUGUGACCAGAGUGACAGCAGUGCUGGCUCACUCCUCAGGGGAGCUGCUGCUGCUGGGGACAGAAGGAGGACAUGUCUUUAUAGUUGAAGUCCCAGGUUUCCGAGAGCUGGAAGAGAGAAACAUUAGUCUCGACCAAGUGGCCAGCAGUGUCCCAGACGACUACAUUGGCCGCAGGAAUCUGGAACAUGUAGAGGCCUUACAGGAGAACCCAGUCAACCCAAACCAGGUAGUUAUCGGCUACGGACGAGGUCUCAUGGUCAUCUGGGAUCUAGAGAAACAGCGCGCCAUCCAGCACAUCCCCGCCACACAGCAACUGGAGAGCGUGUGGUGGACAGAGGACGGAGCCUACAUUCUCAGUUCACACAGUGAUGGAAGUUACUGUCGAUGGAUGGUGAAUGGUGACGAUGUGAAUGAGGAGGAGGAGAAAUCAGACAUCCCCUAUGGACAUUUUCCCUGCAAGGCCAUUUCUAAAAUAGUUCAGCUACCUACAGAAAAAGGGCCUCCGUUUCUCCUCUUCAGUGGUGGUAUGCCCAGAGCCAGCUAUGGGGACAGACACUGUAUCACGGUGAUUCACGGUAAAACACACGUGGCUCUGGACUUCACCUCCAGGAUCAUCGAUUUCUUCGCCAUCAGAGACGGACCACAGCACACAGGAGAUCCCAGUGCGCUGGUGGUCCUGGUUGAGGAGGAGCUGGUCGUGAUUGACCUGCAAACAGAAGGCUGGCCAGUCAUUCAGACACCUUACCUGGUUCCCCUUCACAGCUCAGCCAUCACCUGCUCCCACCAUGUUUCUGCCAUUCCCCUCAAACUGUGGGAGAGGGUCCUCGCUGCUGGAGACCUGCAGAACACACACUACUCCAAAAAGCCAUGGCCAAUAACAGGAGGACAGAACCUGGCCCCAGACCCUCCACAGAGAGACCUGCUGCUCACAGGGCACGAGGAUGGGACAGUGCGUUUCUGGGAUGCAUCAGGAGUCUGUCUGUAUCCUAUGUAUAAGUUAAGCACAGCUGGAGUCUUCCACACAGACGCUGAUCAGAACGAUAACAUGAACCAAGGCACUGAAGGAGAGUGGCCGCCAUUCAGAAAGGUCGGCUGUUUUGACCCCUACAGUGAUGACCCAAGGCUCGGCAUUCAGAAGAUCCACCUUUGUAAAUACAGUGGUUAUCUGACUGUAGCUGGCACUGCUGGACAGAUCCUGGUGCUGGAACUGAAUGAUGAGGCAGCAGAGCAGACGGUUGAAGCCAAAGUUGUGGAUUUGCUGCAGGGCCAAGAGGGCUUCCGCUGGAAGGGUCACACUCAGCUGGAUAUGCGAGAGGAGCCAGUGCUGUUUCCUCCAGGCUUCCAGCCCUUUGCUCUGGUCCAGUGCCAGCCUCCUGCUGUGGUCACUGCCCUCACCCUGCACUCAGAGUGGAAGCUGGUAGCGUUUGGCACCAGCCACGGCUUUGGCCUGUACGAUUACCAACAGAAGAACAACGUCUUCGUCAAAUGCACCCUAAACCCCAGUGAUCAGCUGGCAUUGGAGGGUCCUCUGUCCAGGGUGAAGAGCAUAAAGAAAUCCCUCAGACAGUCCUUCAGGAGAAUCAGACGCAGCAGAGUCUCGCUGAGGAAACACCACGUCAACAACGCCGCCAAGCUCCAGGAGGCGAACGCUCGUUUGGAGGCUGAACUUGCAGAGAUGGAGCUGGCUCCCGUUCAGAGGAAGAUCGAGGCUCGCUCCUCCGAUGACUCAUUCACCGGUCUUGUGCGGACAAUCUACUUCGCGGACACCUUCCUCUCAGACAGUUCACACAACACACCCUCCCUAUGGGCAGGGACCAAUGGUGGCUGUGUGUUUGCAUACAUGCUCCGCCUUCCUCCUGUAGAGCACAGAGCGGACGAACCAGUCACUGCACAUCAGGCUAAGGAGAUCCAGCUCAUGCACCGGGCUCCUGUUGUUGGUAUCGUGGUGCUGGAUGGUCACGGGGCUCCUCUACCUGAGCCCCUUGAGGUGGCCCACGACCUGGCUCGCUCACCUGACAUGCAUGGCUCACACCACCUCCUGGUCAUAUCUGAGGAGCAGUUUAAGGUUUUCACCCUGCCAAAGGUGAGCGCUAAGAUGAAACUGAAGCUGACAGCCAUGGACGGCUCCAGAGUGCGGAGGGUUGGUGUGGCCUGGUUUGGCAGCAGUCGGUCGGAGGACUAUGGUGAGAGCGGCCUAUUGGUUCUGACCAAUCAGGGCGACGUCCAUGUGGUGUCUCUGCCGACAGUCAAGAUGCAGGUUCACUACCCCUGCAUACGCCGAGAGGACGUCAGCGGCAUCGCUUCCUGUGUCUUCACCAAACAUGGCCAGGGCUUCUACUUGAUCUCUCCAUCCGAGUUUGAGCGCUUCUCUCUGUCCACACGCCAACUGGUGGAGCCUCGUUGUCUGGUUGAGGUUCCGCUUCAUUCACCCACCCAACACAGGCCACAUGCUGAUGGAGCUUCCUCUGCGUAUAGAAAUGCCAGACAGGACAGUGAGGAUGCAGAAAGUGCAGCUAGACGUGUUAUGGAGCAUGCUUUGCUGAAUGACGAGAAAGUACUUCAAGAGAUCCAGAAGUCACUAGAAGGAGACCAGACGUCAUUCAUGGAGAACAAUGUGAAGAGUGCUGUAGCUUGAGAGACAUCUCUGGACAGUUGAGAGUGAACUGACAUGUUGAUGUGUAUGAAGCGUACUGCAGUCCUGUAGCAGCACUCGCCUCCUGCUCGGCUGUCACAACCACUACUGACCCCCGACCCCUCGCCUCAGUGACUGACCUCCCCACUCUCAGCUCACAACGACCCCUGGUGGAGAGACACCAAAUGGCUCCUGGCAGUCGUGCUUCACGAGCACCACAAGAAUGCUGUUUGAAGGCUCACUCACGGUGCAGACGGAGGCUGAAGGAAGAGACACCACCUGUGCCUAAAGACCACAUGCUGUACACACAUGAUCACAGCAUGGUCACAACCAUUUAACCCAAAGCUACAUGAAGCACAUUCCUCACAUGUGACCAAUGCCAUAAUUCAUCACAUCAAGAUCAAUGCCAGCAUCAAACCAGCAUCUCACAUCUGCCAUAGAUGCCGCUUACUGAAGCUGUUUGACUUUACAAUCAUACCCACUUCACUCUGCAAGCCUUUAUCACCGCCACCAGCCUUUUCAUGUGGACUCUGCCAGUGGAAAUGGUUCGUCCAAUCACCACGCUCUCUGCUGUGCAAUCUCACUGGCCUUCCUCUCCCCAAAUGGACAUAGAGCUGGAAGGACCGUGGGGGAUGGUUUGGAUAAUGUUGAUGAAAAUAUUUUACAGGAUACAUUUUAUGUGAUUUGUGCCUGAUUUUUUUUUUUUUUUAUUUGAAGAAUUUUCAGAUUUAUACUAUGGAAGCCCAUUUCUGCCAGGAAAAGAAAUAACAGAUAGGAUAGGAAUGAUAAUAAAUGACUUGUAGUGAAUCAACAUUAUAUGAGAAGUCAAUAUUAUGAGAUACUAUGCAAAUAAUUGUCAUCAAAAUAGUGAGACAGUAAGUCAAGAAUCUGGACAGUCUCACUAGUGUCAUCAUUUUUACUUGAGAGCCAUAAUUUUACUUAAAGGGAUUGAUCAGAUUGUUUGAGGUGGGAUUGUUAGGGGAUACUUAUCCAUAGACAGUAUAUUACAUACAGUAGAUGUUUCUUGGCACGCUUCCAGUUUGGAGAAGCAGGCUAGAGUCUAACAUG